ACUGAGGGAGCAGAAGAUUUGUCGUCAAGCAGGAGAACAUUUGACUGAAACUGAAAACUUGAAUUGUGUCGAAGAGUCGACAUAAGAGAGGAAGUUUUUAUCAAGAUGGAUCCAGCCCGGAUCGAGGGUACGCUCUGGAAUGUUUUGUACUAUAUAGCCGGAGCUGUGAACAGAUUCCUCAGGUCAGAACCUCCCGACACAGUCAUCAAUGAUCCGCUUCAAGAAUCCACACUUGAAAGCAGUUCUGGUGGCGAUGCUCAUGUGGCGGUCGACGUUAAGGAGCAGCCUACCCCAUCUCAGCCUGAUUGGUACGUUCACUUUGGUGCAGACGAUGAACUUGGCCAACCAGGAAAAACCAUGAAGAAUAAAGCACUUGAGCGAGGUGAGGGAAGUGGAGAGGAAGGAUGCAAGACCUUAGAUGAUCUGCAAAAAGGCAACACAGAUUUCACCUUGGAGAAGGAGGACGAAGCUGCCAUGCAAUUCUGCAGUGUCGCUCGGUUAAGUCUGAGAGAGAGGAAUACAAUGAGCCUCGAAGACAAAAGUAAUGGUUUGACUUCUGAUAAAGGAACCAAACUCAACACUCUUGAAGAUCAACUCAUGCCUGAAGGACCUGAAGCUGAGGAUCGCAAGGAGGACAACCAGCCAACAGCUAAAAGAUUUGAGAAGGAAGACAACAGUAUAGACCUCCAAACUCAGACGGCCAAGAAAUACACAUCUUCAACCACAGUUGACCUGAAACAUGACAGUGACAUGCCAACAAAAGCGAGACAUUUCAGUGAAGAAUCAGUUAUGAGUAAAUCACAAAAGGGUUUCAUGAAAGAAUUCGCCACUGCAUUACCAGUGAAAGGUGAGGGGGAGACAGGACAGGGAAAAAGUAUGUCCUCAAGUGUAUGCGAUGAUCCUGUUAUGCCACAGGACCUAAAUACUCUAACAUGCAAGGAAAGCCAACACUUACUUCCUGAAGUAAACAAUGAGUCUGAGCAAGAUGGAAAUACAACAUUAGGGGUCCUGGAAGUUGGAGAUUCCAAGGAAAUCCCAAAUUUACCAGAAGAGGUGGAGAAAAAAGAGCAGGCGAGCCUUCAAAACAGCAGCAGCAAGGUCGGAAAUAAAGACGAAACUAAGACGAGUGCCAGAUUGGUACUGCCGAGCUCGGUGAAGAUGGGACUCGAUGUCCGUUAUGGCCUGGCAGCAGAUGAUGACAUGAAAGACCACCAGGAUGGGAUUAAAGUGGUUGCAUUGGAACAGGGUCAAGGGUUAUCUGUUGCUACGGGAGAUAACGAGACCCGAAGAGGAAGAAAGGAGUCGGUCAGACUGGGCCAUGAGAAACUGCUUGAUGUUGAGGUAGAGCAUGGACAGAUGAUGGAGGACCUCGCUGGAUCAGAGCUUGUAGAAGACAUGAGGCUCAAUACAGAAAGAGGCUAUAAAUUGCAGGAGAACACAAAACUUGAAAUUGAUAACAGCCUGGACAAAGAACGCACAGUAAAUAAGAUGGCUGAUUGUUUCACUGAGGAAACAAUCAGCCAACAUCAAGAUGGCAUUGCUGAAGAUCCCCUUGACUUGUGGACACAGGCUGCCUUAUCAGAAGACUCUAAACAAGACCAGAAAUCAGAGGAGAAACCUGAUGAAGUCCAAUCCAUCUCUGAGCAUGUGGGCUAUGAUUCAGAAAGCUUCACUGUGCUGUCAUUAUCAUCAUCGACCACAGAAUCAGGGUUCUCCGAUCAGUUCUUUGUUGACUGCGCUUGCACAGGUGAUCCAUCAAAUUCUCUUGUUCCAGCUGAGCAAGACAAUGGUCAAGAGCUUCUUGACAUGAAUGCAAAAAGGAGCCAUCAGUUACAUUCAGAGUUGCACAUAAGUGCCUCGGAAGCUUCAGUGGAGCAGCUGUCAAGAUAUUCUAAACCCUUAAAGGCGAAGUUUGCUGAAUUUGAAGAUCACAUUCAGGUGAGCAGGUUUGUUAUGAACUUUGCUCCUCAAAAGUCAAGGAUCGCCGCGAGGAACCCAUGUGUAAGACCGCCUAAAGAUCCACGCUCUCUACUCCAAAGGCCCUCAGUGGAUCCUGUGUUGGCUCCACCACCAGCAACCAAAAUUCCUGCAGGUGUGCAGCCAUUGGGAGGACUGGGAUUUGGAAUGAAACUGCCAGGACUUGGUGCGGGUUUUCCUGCUCUCAAAAAGUUUCCAAAAAAGGAAGCUGAGUUAAAACCAGAGAAGGGUGACACUCUCACACAAGAGUUGCCACAAAAACCUAAAUGGCUGCCACCACUACAAUCAGGAUUUGGAAAUCCAUUCAUGUACGAGCUCAAGACCAAAUUGAAGAAAUCCACCCAAAAAUGAGAAGGGUUGUACUGUCGAGUGUCGACUGCACUGUUCAUAACAUGGAUAUAUUAUAAAAUAUUACUUUAUGUUGUAAUUGUAUAGAUGUGUUUACA